AGGGAGGUGGAAGGGGGAAAGGCAGUGAGCGAGGGAGCCGGAGCGUGGUGCAAACCGUGCACACACUCACACACCAAAAAAACACAGCCCAGACAGCUUCUUCCACCUAACACCCAAGCAAACACAAACCAAAACAAAUAGGGAGAGGAGAAAAAAAAAAAAAAAGAAAGCACCCUAGCGAGCGCGAGCGAGUGCGAGCCAGGGCAGAGGAGAGCAGGCAGGCUUCGCCGUCAGCGCGGGGCUCGGGGCUCGGCGCAGCACCAGCCCCACGCCCGGGCUCCUCGCGCCCCCUCCAGCCCCGCGCCCUGACUCUACUAUGCUAAAUGUGGCCGGGGAGCCCCCAGGAGACUCUUGGGGGAUCUUUGCCUUCCUGUGUGCUGCGCUCUGCAACCUGCCGGCAGUGCCCGCCCUGAACGGCACGGAGGAGCUGGGCGCCGGCCAGUCCAUCCAGAAGACCUACGACCUGACCCGCUACCUGGAGCACCAGCUCCGCACCCUCGCUGGCACCUAUCUGAACUACCUGGGCCCCCCCUUCAAUGAGCCCGACUUCAACCCCCCGCGGCUGGCGCGCGCCGAGCAGGUGCCCAGCGCCACGGUGGACUUGGACCUGUGGCGGGGGCUGACGGACAACGCGCGGCUGGCAGCCAACUACCGUGCCUACAGCCGCCUGCUCUGCUACCUGCGCGGGCUGGACGGGCAGGCGGGCACCGCCGAGCUGCGCCACCGCCUCGGCCACUUCUGCUCCAGCCUGCAGGGGCUGGUGGUCAGCAUCGCUGGCGUCAUGUCCUCCCUGGGCUACCCGCUGCCCGCUGGCCCUGCUGGGCCCCCGCUGCCCCCCGGUGCCCCCGCCGCCCCCAAUGACUUCCUCAAGAAGAUGGACGACUUCUGGCUGCUGAAGGAGCUGCAGACCUGGCUGUGGCGCUCGGCCAAAGACUUCAACCGCCUCAAGAAGAAGGUGCCGCCUGCCGUGGUCACGCUGCGCCUCGAGGCCAGGGGCUUCUGAGACCCCCCCUGCCGCUUUGCCAAGGUGGGGGACGGGGCCCCUCGAGGCCACCCCACGUCCCCACCAACGCCUUGCCGCGCCUUAAUGGAUGGGGCUUCAGACCCCAAAUGCCACCAAAGCCACCCCACGUCCCCACCAACACUACUGUGCCUUAACAGAUGGGGAUUCUGUCCCAAAGUGCCACCAAGUCCACCCCACGUCCCCACCGUCAGCUCACUGUGCCUUGAGAUAUGGCGCUUCUGACCCCAAAGUGCCACCAAAGCCACCCCACAUAUUCAUUGUCACCUUACUGUGCCUUAACGGACAGGACUUCUGACCCCAAAGUGCCACCAAAUACACCCCACAUCCCCACCAACACCACUGUGCCUUAACAGAGGGGCUUCUGUCCCUAAGUGCCACCAAAACAGCCCCACAUACCAAUCGCCACCCUGCUGUACCUUGACAGGUGGGGAUCCUUACCCCAAAGCGUCACCAAAGCCAGCCCGUGUCCCGUCUCCCCCCAUCACCACUGUGCCUUAAAGAGCAGGGCUGCUGAUCCCUAAGUGCCACCAAAGCCACCCCGCAUAUUCAUCAUCACCUCGCUGUGCCUUCAGAGAUGGGGAUCCCAAACCUAAUGUGCUGCCACAGCCACCCCGUGUCCUCAACGUGCCGUGUCCCGAGGGAUGGGGCUCUUGGCCCCGCGGGCUGCCUCACACCCCCGUCAUUGCCUUGUCCAGGGGCGAGGCACUCAGACACAUGGGGCCACCACGCUGCGCCCUCACCCCGCGUGCCUGGGGCAUGGGGCUCCUGCCCCGGAGCGCCACCGAUGCCACUCACCUCCCCGCCAUCACCGCCGGCCCCGUGGGGGCUGCCCCACGCCCCUGGGGCU